AUGGGUGUCGGAACAGAUGAUCCGGCCGCCAACCCACCAGCGUACAAGUACAUUGGCCUGGCCCUGGCCGUAGGCAGUGGCGUGUUCAUUGGAUCCUCGUUUGUGUUUAAGAAAAAGGGUCUCCUUGCCGCCCAGAGAAAGUAUGAGACAACCGCCGGUGAGUCGCAUGCGUACCUCAAGAGUCCUUUAUGGUGGACGGGUAUGACUAUCAUGAUCCUUGGCGAAGUUCUCAACUUUGUGGCUUACAUGUUCGCUGAUGCUGUACUGGUAACGCCCAUGGGCGCCCUGUCGGUGGUAAUAAGCGCCAUCCUCUCAGCCAUCUUUUUGAAAGAAUAUCUGACGCUCUUCGGUAAAAUUGGGUGUUUCCUAUGUAUUGUUGGCUCGGUCAUCAUUGCUAUCAAUGCGCCUGAGCAAAAAGUCAGCGGCAACAUUCGUGAAUACGAGAAACUGUUCAUUGCUCCUGGGUUUCUCACAUGGCUCGGCAUCUGCGUCGUAGCCGCCUUGAUCCUUGUGUUCCUUGUCGCUCCGCGCUACGGUAAGAAAAACAUGCUUGUGUAUAUUACCGUGUGCAGCGUGAUUGGCGGCCUCAGCGUCAGUGUUACAUCCGGCCUCGGCGCGGCCAUCAUCUUAUCCAUUCGUGGCUCCAAUCAGUUUACCUAUUGGUUCACCUAUUUCCUCCUUGCAUUCAUUAUCGUGACUUUGCUAAUUGAAAUCAACUAUCUCAACAAGGCUCUGGAACUGUUCAACACCGCUGCUGUUACGCCGACGUACUACGUUCUGUUCACAGCAGCGACGAUCAUUACGUCCGUCAUUUUAUCGCAAGGUAUGCGUGCUAGUGCGGUGGACAUCGUGACCAUCGUGUUUGGCUUUUUCACCAUUUGCUCCGGCAUCGUCCUCCUUCAGCUCAGUAAGAUGGACCCUGUAGAGCUCGAACAGCAAAAAGGCGUCGACCGCAAGUCGUCUAUGCUGCUCAGCGUCAUGGAAAUGGGACACGAACUCGAACAUGAAGACGAUAUCACGCACAUCGAAGAUCCAGGUAUGGACUCGAUUCGGGGUGGUAUGGGUAUCGUCGGUAGCAUUAUGCGUGCCAAGAGCUCACGUAAGGCAUCGCGACGUCACCGUCGGCCUACGGGUCAAUUUGAUCCUGUACCUACGCUGAACCGCUGCGAUAGCAGUGUGCCGCGCUACCAACUGUAUGACCGGCCAGUAGCGUAUACGCCUGAUUCGGAACAGCACAUCAAGUUUGUGUCUGGUAGUGAGUUGCCGCAUGGUCAUCAUGGAUGGACAGAUGCACCGUCUCCCGACUCGCGGCCCACGACCAAGAUGGAUGUGCAUGACAGUCAUGCACCAAAGCCCAUCCUCGAAAAUGGGAAGGAACCCUCUCAUGUACGCUCUCCGCGAUACGAUCCGACUACGGAUGGCGACGUGGGCGACCAGAGCGCAUCGCAGGCCCAGAUAUCAUCGUACCACAUCAAUUUGCCGCCCAUCUGGGCCGACGAUGCAGACCUAGAUGGUGAUAAGAUUGCGUCUCCUACAGGGAUUGUGGACGAUUACUGUGAAUGGCUCGACGAGGACGACAUUGGAAGGGAGCCGCCAAUUCCGUUAGACCGUCGCGUAACGACCUCAACAGCGAUGCGGGAACGUUCGCGUACCGCUUCACGUACUGUAUCGCGCGCAGCAAAGGAUGCAGUAGGUCUGGGUUUAAUGAAACUACGGAUACCAUCGUCACGGCCCAACCUAGAGACGUCGCCAGAGCAACGACGGCCAACGAUGAGCCCUCGCCCCUACAUUCGCACACCUAUGCGCUCCAUGACCGAACCGCUGCAGAAAGAAGAACAGCAGGACCUGCUCUCUUCUUCUUCAUAA